AUGUUUCGAAAUUUGUGGGGUCGAGAAUCUACAGAGAAGACAAUAGAGCUGAAAUUACCGGACCUCGGUGUGAGCAAAGCGGGCCAGAAGCUGACCGAGGCUGUUUCCGAAAGUUUCGUGCUACCAGGAUUCGGAUGGCUGCGAAAGACAAAGGUCGAGGCGCCUGACAUCAAGGUUGAACUCGGUGAAGGCGUCAUCGGAUCGGAGUCUCGGAAAUCGGAAGAGAAGAGCAGUGGACUCCUAGGGAAGUUGUUCAAGCGAUCGGAAUCCGCUCCAGAAACAACAAAGAAGAAGGAGACCGCCGACACAGGACUUCUGGAUGGCUUCUUCGGAAAGUUGGGCCCGUCGAAAGUGGAGAAAGUGAAAACCGAAAUAAGACUGCCUGAACUGCCUGAACCGAGUGAAAAGAGUGAAACAGUCGUCUCGCGACUCACCGAAGAGAAAACAGCCAUCCAAUCUGGCUGUACCAUAUGGAAGAAGAGAGUGUUGACCGCUCUUGGUGCCUUGGCAACAGUGGCCUUUGCAUUCGCUGUAAUGGGUAAAGUGUCCAAUCCUGCGUUGGUCCCAGAAAAGAAGAUGGAUCUGGAUAAAGCGAUGGGCCCAGGUGCUCCUUCCGGCGGCCUGAGCGGCGGGAAGUUGUCCGGGGGCGGAGUAAUCGGGAGCCUUGCGAGCGGAGCUCUGACGGGGGCUUUGAGCGGCGGUCUCGGAGGCGGGAAGAUUCUCGGGGGCAUCGGCGGUCUUGGUGUAGGGGCACUCUCCGGCGGCCUCGCAGGAAUCGGUGGCGGAAAACUUACUGGGGGUCUCAGCGGCGGAAAGCUAGCCGGUGCUCUGAGCGGUGGGAGAAUCACCGGCGAUCUCGGUCUUGAGAAACUCAGCGGUGGCCUCAAUAGCGGAACACUCACUGGCGGUAAACUCCCAGAUCUGAAACUCCCUGACGUCAAUCUGCCGGGCGAUAAAUUGAAUGCCGGGAAACUUGCUGGAGGUCUCGGUGCGCGUAAGCUCAAGGGUGGUUUAAGCGGUGGGAAACUCCCCGAUCUGAAAGUGCCUGGAGGACAGCUCCCCGAUCUGAAACUUCCGGCAGCGAAGCUCCCCGAACUGAAACUCCAAGGUGGUAAACUGCCCGACGGGAAGCUUCCCGACUUGGAGCUUUCAGGUGGGAAUCUUCCUGGUGGAGGACUUCCCGAUUUAAAGCUACCAGGUGGGAAACUUCCCGAUAUGAAACUGUCUGGAGGAAAGCUCCCCAGCGGGAAACUUCCUGAUUUGAAACUGCCAGAUGGAAAACUUCCCGAUUUGAAACUUUCUGGUGGGAAACUCGCCGGCGGGAAACUUCCUGAUUUGAAGCUCCCUGGGGGUCGGCUACCUAGCGGGAAACUGCCCAACUUGAAGCUACCUGGUGGUAAGCUCCCCGAUAUGAAGCUUUCCGGAGGGAAACUCACCGGUGGGAAACUCCCCGAUAUGAAGCUUCCAGGAGGGAAGCUCCCCGAUUUGAAACUUCCGGGGGUUAAACUCCCAAGCGGAAAUGUCCCCGAUUUGAAGCUACCCGGUGUUAAACUCCCCGAUACGAAACUCUCUGGAGGGAAGCUCCCUGGUGGAAAACUUCCGGAUUUGAAGCUCCCGGGUGGUAAACUCUCCGACAUGAAGCUUUCUGGCGGGAAACUCCCUGAUCUGAAGCUGCCAGAUGGGAAACUUCCCGAUGUGAAACUUUCCGGGGGGAAAGUCGCCGGCGGAAAACUCCCUGAUCUUAAGCUACCGAGUGGUAAACUUCCCGGUAUGAAACUCCCCGGCGGGAAACUAUCUAAUUUGAAACUGCCAGAUGGAAAGCUUCCCGAUGCUAAACUUUCUGGAGGGAAAGUCGCAGGCGGAAAACUUCCCGGCUUGAAUCUCCCUGAUGGCAAGCUAUCUAGCGGGAAGCUCCCCAAUUUGAAGCUCCCUAGUGGUAAGCUCCCCGAUACGAAACUCUCUGGAGGGAAGCUCCCUGGAGGAAAACUUCCUGAUUCGAAACUGCCAGGUGGUAAACUUCCCGAUGUGAAACUUUCUGGAGGGAAGUUCGCCGGCGGAGAACUUCCAGAUUCGAAGCUCUCUGGUGGGAAACUACCCGGCGGGGGACUCUCCGAUUUGAAACUUUCUGGUGGUAAGCUCUCCGGCGGGAAAAUUUCGGAUCUGAAGCUACCGAGUGGCAAGCUCCCCAAUGUGAAACUUCCGCGAGGCGAGCUCCCCGGCGGUAAACUACCCAACAUCGAAGUCUCUGGUGGUAAGCUCCCCAGCGGAAAACUUCCCGACUUGAAGCUACCUGGUGGGAAACUUCCCGACUUGAAGCUACCUGGUGGGAAACUUCCCGAUAUGAAGCUCUCUGGUGGUAAGCUCCCCAGCGGAAAACUCCCCGACUUGAAGUUACCGAAAGGGAAGCUUCCCGAAAUGAAGCUCUCUGGUGGUAAGCUUAUCAGCGGAAAACUCCCCGACUUGAAUUUACCGGGAGGGAAGCUUCCCGAUAUGAAACUCUCCGGUGAUAAGCUCCCCAGCGGAAAACUCCCCGACUUGAAAUUACCGAAAGGAAAGCUUCCCGAUGUGAAGCUGUCUGGUGGUAAGCUCCCUGGCGGAAAACUCCCCGACUUAAAGUUACCGGAGGGGAAGCUUCCCGAUAUGAAAUUCUCCGGUGGUAAGCUCCCCAGCGGGAAAUCACCCGACUUGAAAUUAGCAGGUGGGAAACUACCCAGCAUGAAGCUCUCUGGUGGUGAGCUCCCUAGCGGAAAACUCCCCGACUUGAAGUUACCGGGAAGGAAGCUUUCCGAUAUGGAACUCUCUGGCGGCAAGCUCCCCAGCGGGAAACUACCAGGCUUGAAGGUACCGGGCGUGAAGCUUCCCGACGGGAAGCUUGCCAGUGGUCUCGGGGCAGGGAAAGUCACCGGAAGCUUGAGCGGUGGGAAACUCGCUAGCGGAAAACCAAGCGAAGGGAAGCUCUCUAGCGGAGAUCUUAGCGGUGGAAAACUGUCGGGCCUUGGAGGCGGAAAAUUGAGUGGCGGCUUGAAAGGGGGCAAACUCUCCGAUGUGAAAGUUCCGGGUGAGAAGCUUCCCGACGUGAAACUUUCUGGAGGUAAACUUACCAGCGGGGAGCUCUCGGGUGGGAGACUCACCGGCGGGAAACUCCCCGAUGUCAAAGUCUCCGAGGGGAAGCUCUCAGGCGGGAAAAUCGGCGGUGGGAAAUUCACAGGGGGUCUCGGAGGCGGGAAGCUGACUGGCGGCUCAAAUUGGGGUGAACUUGGGAAAUCGAGCCGCGGAAAACUUGAGGGCGGCUCCGGCGGUGGGAAACUCUCCGACAGUGAGCUCAGCGGGGGCAUCGGGAGCCCGAAACUUGGAGGUGGUUCUACCGGUGGGAAAGUUCCGGGUGGGAAACUUAGCGGUGGUCUCGGCCGCCCGAAAUCAGACGGUGGAAUCGGCGACAAGAAAAAAAGCAGCGGCAAGCUCUCUGAUGGGAAUGGCUCCGGUGGUAAAAUCCCUGACGGCAAACUGAGCGGCGGUCUCGGUGGCGGGAAAGUGCCUGGAAAUCUCAGCGGUGGGAAACCUGGUGCUGGAAAAAUGCCGGGUAAACCCCCCGGUGGAGAUCUCCCGGGCCAGAAACUCCCUGGUGGGGAAGCCACAGGCGGAAUCAGCGAUGGGAAGCUCCCAGACGGAGGACUGAGCAGUGGAAAACUGACGGGGGGUUUGAGCGGCGGGAAGCUCAGCGGUGCUGCCAUGGCUUCGAAAGCUGCUUCUGGUUCUGCGAAAGACCCCAAAUUUCCGCCGAACUUCAGUGAUAGCAAGGAUUCGAAAGCAGGAAAAGGUCCCUCGGGGUCCAGCGACUCCAAGACAAUGGAAGACGAUCUGCCGAGAAAUGGGCCCGAAGGCUCUGAGAAUUUCAAUCGAGGGGAGAGUUCCCCGGGGCUCGGAAAUCCGAAGAGCUCAGGUGCAGGAAACAGUCCCUCCGUCCGCAAUCAACGCAAGAAUUCCAAAGGGGGAAAGGGUUCUUCAGGAUCCACUGAUCCCAAGAACUCCGCUGCAGGACACAGUCCCUCGAUACUCAAUCAUCGAUCCAGCGUUCCGAAUGCGGCAGAAGACUCUAAGCUGAAGGCAGGAUCUGGAUUUCGCCGGGAUCAUGGGGCAGAAAAUGCUCCCUCGGCGUCGAGUGAGACCAAGAAUCCAAGAGGCAGCAGGGGACCCCUGGGACACAAAGACCCGAAUUCGGCGAAAGACUCCGGCGGCAGUCCUGGCGACGGUGAGACCCCCGGUGGCGGUAGACCGAGUGGUGGAGGUCUCGGGAAACGUAAGCUCAACAACGGCCUUGGGAGCGGAAAAUUCAGCGGAGGCUUCGGCGUCGGGAGCGCCAGCGGCGCACAAGCCGGCGGCGGUGUCGAUGGCGGAAAACUGAGCGGCGAUUCCGAGGGUGGAGAAGUCAACGGUGGUUCCGGAGGUGGAAAACUAUCCGGCGCUUCCGGGGGCGGAAAGCUGCUCGGCGGUGGCGGAGUGAGGAAGAUCACCGGCGGCCUGGGUGGAGGAGAACUCAGUGGAGGCUUCAGCGGAGGCAAAGUCGCAGGCAGUGCCGAUGGAGGAGAAUCAAGUGGUGGUCUCGACGGAGGUGACUCCCUCCAGCAAAGUAAAGAAUCCCCAAUCGGCGGGGGAGCGCCUGGAGCACCGGGGAACACCGCAUUCGCGGAUGGUACCAUGAAAGGGACGGGUUCCAAGGCCUCGGGCGGCUGGUCGUUGGGAGGCUCCUGGCUAGCGAAGGCUUCUAAGCUGGCGAAGGAUGCUCUGGGCGAGAUAACUUUCAGAGAUCCGAGAGAAAUGAUAAAGGACCGAUUUAAAGCAAUGGUGGAUCCCACAGCAAGAGAUGAUUCUGGAUAA